GGGAGGAGGAGGAGGAGGGGAAGUGCCGGUGUCGGGAUCCGGGUAGCUCCGGCCCACUUUAAUCACUGGUCCAGAUGAACUGGUUCUGCCUUCACCGAUAAGAUGAUUCGGUUUGACUUCACCUCACAUGAAUUUAUCUGUAAUGAUGUGGAUCCAGCUGUUCUGCACUUCACUCCUCCAAGUGGUAGCUGCUGACCAGCAGGUGUUUGGAUUUCUGGGAGCAUCUGUGACCUUACCUGCAGGAACCGCACCUUCAUCGAAUAUCACCAAAAUCAUAUGGUUCAUACGACCCAACGAAAUCCGGAUUGCAUCUUUCCUGGGGAAUAAGAUGACCAUCUAUCCCAUCCCACAGUUCGUGAGGAGAAUCGCUCUCAACAAAAGUUCAGGUGAUUUGGCUAUCAGUAAUUUGACCAGAGAAGAUGCCAUGGAAUAUUAUGUACAAGUCAAAACCAGAGGGUCCCCAGAACACAAGCAAAAAGUCAGCUUAACAGUCCAAGAACCGUUGAAGGACCCCAGCAUCCUUACCGUCUUCAGUGAGCCCAGAGAGGGAGGCUGUUUUAUGGCCUUCGAGUGUACGUCUCCAAACAAGGGGGUCAACAUAUCCUGGACGGUUCAGGCCUCUUUGAAUGUUGUGUAUGGCAGCCGUAAUGAAGGACACAAGUCAACCUUGUUAAUUUUCUCAAGCUCCAACAAUGAGUUCAAUUGCACCUGCACCACCAGCCAGAACUCGGAGAAAACCUCAAGUUGUGUGACACACAGAUGUAAAGGUGCAGUUAAAGCCGCCGAGGCUCUUCAGACUUCACACUUCGGUUUCGGUGUUCUGCUGGGAUUCUGUCUGGGAACUCUGCUAUUGGCAAUAUGCAUUUUUAUAGGUAGAUACAAAAAAACAUGUCCAGAGAGUAAGUCUUCAUCUCUGUCUUCUCGUUGAUUUAUCACAUAUGUCUGUCGCGACACAUUCUUGUGUUCCACUGUAAUCGCAUACAAUACAGAUUACUCCCGGAUACGGAGAACAUGGUUCGGGUAACUUUGCUAAAACAAUCCAGCACCCCAUUUUACAGGCCACCACAAUUUGGAAAAAUUGGCAAUUGGUUAAAAUCGAGAUCCAGUAUUUGUGAUCCAUGACACUUCUGGAAGAUGUUUCUUCGCAAAACGCAAUUUAAGGGCGUCCGGGUGGCGUGGCGGUCUAUUCCGUUGCCUACCAACACAGGGAUCGUCGGUUCGAAUCCCUGUGUUACCUCCGGCUUGGUCGGGCGUCCCUACAGACACAAUUGGCCUUGUCUGUGAAUGGGAAGCCGGAUGUGGGUGUGUGUCCUGGUCGCUGCACUAGCGCCUCCUCUGGUCGCUCGGGGCGCCUGUUCGAGGGGGAGGGGGAACUGGGGGGAAUAGUGUGAUCCUCACACGCGCUACGUCCCCCUGGUGAAACUCCUCACUGUCAGGUGAAAAGAAGCGGCUGGCGACUCCACAUGUAUGGGAGGAGGCAUGUGGUAGUCUGCAGCCCUCCUCGGGUCGGCGGAGGGGGUGGAGCAGCGACCGGGGCGGCUCGGAAGAGUGGGGUAAUUGGCCGGAUGCAAUUGGGGAGAAAAAGGGGGUAAUAAAAAAAAAACGCAGCUUAAACAGGAGAGAUGUCAUUCUAGAAUAGUCAUGUGUGGCUCAUUGUGUUGUUUAACUCAUACUUGUGUUACUCGUUGUUGUGUUGCUCUGUGCUGUAUUCCUUUCACAUCAUUGUUAUUUAUUGUGUUCAUGCGAGUGUGUUUGUGUGUUAUUUGAAUACAUUUUUUAUUUUUGUAUACAUGACAAUCGAAUGUUUGAUGGACAAAUGGAAGAUGAAUGCUGGGAAAAACCAAACAAACAAACAUGGAGGUCCUGCUGUAUGGAUAGUGUCUGCACACAAUGCAAAUGUAUGCUCAUACAGAUCAAAUAGACACGCACAUAUUUCUCAUGUCAGUCAGUAAAGGAUGUGAUGGUGAAACGACCUCUCUGAGCUUGACUCGUCUGUCUGUGAACGUCCUGCAAUCCUCGGCAUUUUCUUCAUUAAAAACAGGGUUCCCGGGCUUUUUCAGGCCGACAAAUAUUUUGCACUCUAAAAUAAGCAAUAAGUUCUCGUUACCUGUCAAAAAACGAGAUGCUCAACGAUCAGGGUUGAGCGGGCUACUUUAUAAGUGUAUUCUGUUACAAUUACAAGUUACCUCUUGAAAAAUGUAUUCAGUAACUUACUCCAAGCGUCACAAUAGUAAAGCCGUGUAAUCUGAUUACUUGGUUACUUUUGCAUUACCUCAAUGGCAAAUAUGAGAAAAAGGCCAAAGAA